UAGUGAAUGCGGGGUCCGGGGAGAGCGGAUAUAGUGAAUGCAGGGUCCGGGGAGAGCGGAUAUAGUGAAUGCGGGGUCUGGGGAGAGCAUAUAUAAGCGAAUGCGGGGUCCGGGGAGAGCGGAUAUAGUGAAUGCGGGGUCCGGGGAGAGCGGAUAUAGUGAAUGCGGGGCCCGGGGAGAGCGGAUAUACAGAUAUAGCAAAUGCGGGGUCCGGGGAGAGCGGAUAUAGCGAAUGCGAGGUCAGGGAAGAGCGGAUACAGUGAAUGCGGGGUCAGGGGAGAGCGGAUAUAGUGAAUGCGGGGUCCGGGGAGAGC